AUGGCCGAAGAUAUGCCAACGUUCCCUGGCCUAGAUCGCUGGCAUCUCCUAUGCCGUAUAGGCAAAGGUGCCUUCAGCGAGGUGUUUCGGGCCCAGGACACUCAAGCCUCACAUGAUGAGGUCGCAAUCAAGAUCAUGCGAAAGCGCGAGAUGAACUCACAGCAGAACAUCAGCAUGUGCAAAGAAAUCGAAAUAAUGCGUCAAAUGGAUCAUCCAAACUUGAUCCAACUAAUAGACACAAUCGACACAGAUGAAUACUGCUAUAUAAUCAUGGAGCUCUGCACUGGAGGAGAACUAUUCAACCAGGUGGUCAAAUUGACUUAUCUCAGUGAAGAUCUCAGCCGGCAUGUCAUACUCCAGGUUGCUCGGGCUGUUCAGUAUCUACAUCAGACACUAGGAAUAGUGCAUCGUGAUAUCAAACCCGAAAACAUCUUGUUUCAUUCCAUACCGUUGCUGCCGAGCAAAGUUCCUAAAAAGCCACAACCGGGUGAGGAGAAAAAAAUGGACGAAGGUGACUUUGCGCACGGUGUGGGCUCUGGCGGUAUCGGCACAGUGAAGCUUGGAGACUUUGGGUUUUCCAAGAAGAUCCUCGGCAACCUAACCGCCACUCCGUGUGGCACAAUGGGAUAUGCCGCACCCGAGAUCGUCGAUGAUCAAAAGUACUCCACCGGAGUGGAUAUGUGGGCCUUGGGCUGUGUUCUCUUCGCACUCUUAGCAGGAUAUCCGCCGUUUUACGACCCCAACAUCAAAAUACUCAUGAAAAGAGUAAUCAAGGGGCAGUUCCAUUUCGACUCUCCCUGGUGGGAUAAUAUUUCCGACACAGCCAAAGAUCUCGUUAGGAAUCUCUUGACAGUGGAUCCUGCAAAGAGGUACACCAUUGACGACUUCAUGGCUCAUCCAUGGAUUCGAGAAGCUUCGCAACCCGAUCAUUCCAAACAGGAACCUACUCAACAAUCAUCGAGUCUGGAGGUUCCCUCUCAAUUAAAACAGCAACCAUCCGCUGGUUCGGAUGGAAGCGAACCAAACCCCCUUCCAAGCCCUGCGAGCUUGGCCAUCAGAGGCCAAGUGGAAUGUCGAACUCCCGAUGUCAUGAAUGUAGCGGAGAUUUUCGAUGUUGCUUUUUCAGUACAUCAGAUAGAAGAUGAGCGGAGACGACAAGAGAGGAUUAUGGGCAAGCUCUCAAGCACAAACAGUGCCGACAAACAGAUGUCACAGCUCAGUCUGUCGGGUCCCAAGGGUGUCAAUCGACUCUCAUUCAUGGUUGAGCCUACUUCUCCGGAGCAAAAUUCGCGGAACAAACACACCAAGCAGUCUGAGCUGAAUCUGGAUCAAAGCGCGUUGUUAGAAAAGCGAAGAACGCGUCAACAAAAUAUAUGA